AUGCCAGAGCAAAUACAGCAGAGAGGGGACUCGGAGCAGGGCUCCACCUUCCGGUCCGUCCUCCAGGCCGUGGGUUUUUUCUUGCUAGCCCAAACCAUCGUUGGGAAAUUCUUGGGCGGAAACCAGCAGAAUGCAGCUCCUGGAUCUGGCCCGUGGGCUGGUGCAAUUCCAGCGUUCACGGAUCGGCCAGCGCCCGGCGAAGUCUCGAAUUACAGUCCUAUCCCCAAUAUUAUCGCUCCGAUGUGGCCCACUGAUAGUGCCCUGGACAUGAAGAUUUACGUUUCCCCAUCGAUUGUCAUCCCUACUUACAGUGUGCUUCCGAGUGCGUCGCUUGUUCUUGACGAGAGGAACUUUACUAUUGGAAACUACAGUGAUACCCGGGAAAUCGAUACCACGAUCAGUAUCCCUAAGGAAGUGCAGCAGAACGGAACACUCUGGGCGCAUUUCUACGUUGGACUCACUGGUACCCAGCUGGAUCCUGCGGCCAAGGAUUACAGCACUGAUAAGGCCUUCCACUUUUUCCGUCCGCUCAACCAGUACCUCCCGAAGAAGAAGGUCAAGAAGCUUAAGAACUUGCUCGCGAGCUCUGAGGAGCCCGAAAAGGAAGAGGAGGACAAUACUCCGAAUGUGCAGAUGGUGUCAUACUAUCAUCCGAACUUCACGGUCUCUGUCAUCCCUGACGCCGGUAACCAGAACUACCGCUCGGUUCACCCUGCCGUUCGACAGCACAUUCAACUGGAGUCGACUGGUGCUAGAGAUGCCAGUGGUCAGAAUGGGUGGUAUUAUCCCAUGGUCUUCUUGAACACUUUCUGGCAGCUCAGGAGUCAUAUGACGGAACUGAACUCUACUGUUGAUACCAUGCCGCUGCGCAUCACGCUGAACAACCUGCAGAACUGGAAGUUCUCCAUGGUUACCAGCUUUGAUGAAGGUUCGAAGCAAAAUGCUCGUCAGGCGGCAUACGGUGGCCAGGUCCCGGGUGGCGGUGACGGCAGUGAGUUUGAGAUGGUAAAGGAGGUCCUGUUGAAUACGAACAUCUGGUUGUUGGGCACCACUGGUGUGGUUACUAUUCUUCACAUGGUUUUCGAGACCUUGGCGUUCAAGAACGAUAUUUCUCACUGGCGCAAGAAGAAGGACGUGAUUGGAACAUCGGUCCGCACCAUCCUUGCCAACGUCUUCAUGCAGGCGGUCAUUUUCCUGUACCUCAUGGAUAACAGUGAGAAUACUUCCUGGAUGAUUCUCGCCAGCCAAGGUUUCGGAAUUCUAUUGGAGGCGUGGAAGAUCACCAAGUCUGUUGACGUGCGCUUGCGUGCACCACCAGCCGGAUCUUUCUUUUCUUUCCUCCCCUAUGUGAUUGUGUUUGAGGACAAGCACAAGCUCACUGAGACAGAGAAGAAGACCCAGGAGUACGAUGAAAUCGCAUUCCGCUGGCUGUACAUCUUCGCUGUCCCGCUUCUGGGUGGGUAUGCCGUGUACAGUUUGAUGUACGAGACGCACAAGUCGUGGUACUCCUACAUCAUCGAGACUCUUGUCGGAAGUGUCUAUGCUUACGGCUUCUUGAUGAUGGUUCCCAGCCUGUACAUCAACUACCGUCUGAAGUCCGUUGCCCACAUGCCCGGAAAGGCAUUGACAUACAAGUUCCUCAACACCUUCAUCGACGACCUCUUCGCCUUUACCGUCAAGAUGCCGUGGCUUCACAGACUUUCCACCUUCCGCGACGACAUCAUCUUCUUCAUCUGGCUCUACCAAGGCUGGAAGUACAAGGUUGACUACAAACGUGUCAACGAAUUCGGUCAGGGAGGUGAGAGCGACGAAGAGGAGGAAGAAAAAGAAGGAGAGGAGAAGGUCCCCUCUGCGCCGGAACAAGCCAACGCUUCUGGCUCUGGUAAGGGAGACUCCAAGUCUGCGCGAAAGCGCAAGUAG